UCUCUCGAGCAGUUCGAACCGAGACUCUCAGGUGUUCACACGGAUCUAUACUUUUCUCUUCAGUUCGCUUCUAGCCUUCGUUGCACGAUCGUCUCGAUUCUAAGUUCGGUGUGUUCCAAGUUUCACGUGAAUUGUUACCGCAUCCGAAAAUGUCGCCUUCGGAGUACCACAAGUCCGCCGAGUUCAGACCCUGGAGCGACGAGAUGACGUCCCCGAUGACGAGUCCAGCCUCGUCGCCCUCGACCUCGAGAUCAUCCUCGCCGUUCACGAGGUCCAGGAGUUCCUUCUCCAUCGAGAACCUCCUGCGCCCGGAACCGGCCAUAGUACGACUCCAGCGCAACCUCUUCAGCGGCAGCGGCAGCGACACCGAGAGCCAACGCUCCGACUCCGUCGGCAGCGCCGAGGACUACGGCAGAUAUCAAGUGGCCUAUCAGAUACCCCCGGUGAUCUAUCCGGCCGGUUAUUACCCGUCGCCGAUGCAGGUCGAUUACGCUCCCCUGACCUGCGACUUCCAGCAGGCCGUUCAGCGACUCAGGGCCCAGGAGGCCCAGGUCAAGCAGGCCAGGAGGUCCAGGCCCAAGAAGUUCAAGUGCGAUUAUCCCGGCUGCCCGAACACCUUCAGCAACAAGGGACAGCUCAAAGGACACUUUCGUAUUCAUACCGGCGAACGUCCUUACAAAUGCGAAACCUGCGGCAAAGACUUCACCCGCAACGAGGAGCUCACUCGCCACAAGCGCAUCCACUUGAACCUCAAGCCUUACGAAUGCAAUCACUGCGGAAAAGCUUUCGGACGUAAGGAUCAUCUGAAAAAGCAUAUGAAGACUCACGAGCGUGCUCUCCUCGUCGAGGCAGAGAGAAAUUACGCUGCCGCUUUUCACAUGGCCGCCGCCGCCGGAUAUCACCCUUACCAGGUUGGGCCGUAUCUGCAUCAUAACUGAGGUGCAGGAGGUUGUAGAGAGUAAGAGGGAAGUUCAGUGCCCGAUAAAUUUUGAAAUCGAGUAUUUUUGAUAAAAUUAUUAUACAGAUUGCUCGCGCGCGACUCGCGGAUGGAACCUACAGUACAAUACGAAACUUUUGCGACGGGAAAGUCGAAUCGCGGGUAACGGAUUAUUGAUAUCAGUUCUAUGCGAGCGCUCGGGAAGCGUCGCAUCGAGAUACAGUAAAAGAAAGAAAUUAUGCAACAAUCGUGGACGCGUGCGCGCGAACAUUUGAAUUCUCAUGUCGAGUUGAGAAAAUAUACAAGUAAAUGUGGUAGAGAAAAUCUAUUCGAGGUACAAUUACUUACGGUUGAGCGAAGGAGAAAAAUUUCGAAAAUGCGUAAAAAAAGAAUACAAAUAUUGAUAUUGCCGUCGGAAACAAAUAUCAAGUUGAGAAAAUACAAUCAUGAGCGAAAGCGUCGGGAAAAAGAAGAUCGCUAUCGAUUCAGAUUAUUCAUAUUGACGUAGAAAACUUUUGUAAAAUGGAAGAAAGUUUAUCACAACCCGCGCGUAUGCUGUUUAUCGAGCGACGAGUAAAAUGUAUAAACGGCGAAAUAUAUAUGUGUAAGCGUCUCAGCGGAGACGCGUUGAGGAAGAGAAUGUACAUGUGUAAAUAUGAAACUAUGUGUAAAUAGUUAUGUAAGCGAGUAUAAUUAUAGUUUUUGAAGAGAAUUUAUUAUAUGUGACACAAAUAUAAUGUAAAUACACCGCAGGCGAUAGCGAUCUAUUUUGUGCGAAGAGAAAGAAGCAAAUAUAUUUAUACUAUG